GGAGACGCCUCAAGCACCAUUCACAUUCGCCCCUCUCAGAUCUCUAGGAUCUCACAACUUCAACUUCCCACAACACUCUCGCUUUCUCUCCCAUUCAUUCCUCUUCUCUUUUACUAUGCUCAUCCUUGAUACAUGCCACAACAUGGCCUGAAAAUUUACCCAACGGAGAAUUCAUUAUGGAACCACCUUUUCUGUUAUGGAAACCGGUUUUUGUAGUUUUGGCACUCCUCCAAGUUUCUUCUGCUACGCUGUCUCCUUCUGGUGUGAACUACGAAGUCGUAGCUUUGAUGGCCAUAAAAAAUGAUUUAAUAGAUCCCCACAAUGUCUUGGAGAAUUGGGAUUCUAAUUCUGUGGAUCCCUGUAGCUGGAGAAUGGUCACCUGUUCUCCAGAUGGAUAUGUUUCUGCUUUGGGGCUACCGAGCCAGAGUUUGUCUGGGGUCUUAUCACCGGGGAUUGGAAACCUCAGUAAGUUGGAAUCAGUGUUGCUUCAGAACAAUGACAUUUCAGGGCCAAUUCCUGCAACCAUUGGAAAUUUAGAGAACUUGCAGACUCUUGAUCUCUCCAACAAUGUAUUCAGUGGUGUAAUACCCAGUUCCCUUGGAGACUUGAAGAAGCUUAAUUAUUUGCGACUAAAUAACAACACCCUAACUGGACCUUGUCCUGAAUCUCUAUCCAAAGUUGAAGGUCUCACGCUUGUGGACCUUUCAUACAACAACUUGAGUGGCUCCUUGCCCAAAAUAUCAGCAAGAACAUUCAAAAUUAUUGGUAACCCUCUGAGCUGUGGUCCAAACAACUGUUCUGCUAUCUUUCCAGAGCCCUUGUCGUUUGCUCCAGAUGCUCUCGAAGGAAAUUUGGGAUUUGGUAAGAGCCACCGCAAGGCAAUUGCUUUUGGGGCAAGUUUUAGUGCUGCUCUUAUUGUAUUAGUCCUUAUUGGACUACUGGUCUGGUGGAGAUACAGACACAACCAGCAGAUCUUCUUUGAUGUAAAUGAUCAAUAUGACCCAGAGGUACGUUUGGGGCAUUUGAGAAGGUACACAUUCAAGGAACUUCGGGCAGCAACUGAUCAUUUCAACUCAAAGAAUAUAUUGGGUAGAGGUGGGUUUGGAAUUGUGUUCAAGGGAUGCUUAAAUGAUGGGACUCUGGUAGCGGUUAAAAGGUUGAAGGAUUAUAACACUGCCGGUGGGGAGAUCCAAUUUCAGACUGAAGUAGAGAUGAUAAGCUUAGCUGUGCACCGAAACCUUCUCAGGCUUUUUGGCUUCUGUUCUACUGAGAGUGAAAGACUGCUGGUUUACCCAUUUAUGCCCAAUGGCAGCGUUGCAUCUCGUCUAAGAGAUCAUAUCCAUGGGCAGCCGGCUCUAGAUUGGGCAAUGAGAAAAAGAAUAGCGUUGGGCACAGCUAGAGGAUUGGUGUACUUGCACGAGCAGUGUGACCCCAAAAUUAUCCAUCGUGAUGUGAAGGCCGCCAACAUUCUCCUUGAUGAAGACUUCGAGGCCGUGGUUGGAGACUUUGGGCUGGCCAAACUUUUGGAUCACAGAGAUUCUCACGUGACUACAGCGGUGCGUGGCACUGUAGGCCAUAUUGCUCCAGAGUACUUAUCAACAGGACAAUCGUCAGAAAAGACUGAUGUUUUUGGGUUUGGAAUCUUGCUUCUUGAGUUAAUUACUGGUCAGAAGGCUCUGGAUUUUGGUCGAGGAGCAAACCAGAAGGGCGUGAUGCUUGAUUGGGUGAAAAGGUUGCACCAGGAAGGAAAGCUGAAUAUGAUGGUGGAUAAGGAUCUAAGAGGCAACUACGACAGAGUUGAGCUAGAGGAAAUGGUCCAGGUUGCCCUGUUAUGCACUCAAUUCAAUCCUUCUCACCGACCCAAAAUGUCUGAAGUACUAAAAAUGUUGGAAGGCGAUGGGUUAGCUGAGAAAUGGGAAGCGUCACAGCACGUCGAGACGCCAAGAUACCGACUGUGUGAGAAACCCCCUCAACUGUACUCAGAUUAUAUAGAAGAAUCUUCUUUGAUCGUAGAAGCCAUGGAGCUUUCAGGCCCCAGAUGAGAGCCUUCAUUUUCUUUCUUGUGUAAUUCCCUCUUACAUCAUUAACUUGCAGUUGCAGAGAAACAAGUGUGGUUUCAUGCUUGUGUAAUUCUCUUCUGUAAAAAGGAAUGAGAGAAAGAGUAAUGCAUGCUCCUAAGGUGGUUGUUGAGAAAUUAAUGUCCUAAAAUACCACAUUGCCAGAACAAAACGACAUGUCGUUUGUUAAUUUGUGCACAGAAUACGGCCCAUCCCAUAUGGAUGUUCAAGUGGGGCCCCAUGCCCUGCCACGAACUGCAUGCUCCGUCGUAAUCGAAGUUAAAAUGCAGAAUACUUGGACGUGGGAUAAGAUGAUUGAACAAGGCGGAGGCGGAAGGGCCGGCUGUGGAUAUUACGAUAAAACAUGAGCGCAUGUCGGCAUGCGAUCCGGUCCGAAGCAUCAUUGUCGAAUUUUACACGCGAGGACGCCGACUUGGGAUUCAUCGUUUGGUUUCAUUAUCUGCCAAAACUAUUAUAUUAUAGAUACACCCUCGUAUAUCCAUCCAAAUAAAUUAUGAAACGGGUUUAA